CAUUAGACGCGUUGGCACUUCGCUUUCAGAUCCACCCGAGGCAGUCAGCCGGCCAGGUCACACGCACACACUGUUAUCGAAGUAAGAUGCAACGGGAGUUGUAACUGUAAGCUGAAAAAAAACAUAAGAAGAAAGUCCUCACCAUCACCAGUCGGCUAUUGGCCUUCCUACCAUGGACACAGAGAUGAUGCCCAAGUUCUCCUCAAAAGAUGAAGAAAUUGAAUACUGGAAAAAUCUGUCCAUAAAGUACAAGAAAAGUUGCCUUGACGCCCAGGAAGAGCUGCAGGAGUUCCAGGAGGGUAGUCGGGAGCUGGAGGCCGAGCUGGAGGCGCAGCUGUGUCAGGCCGAGCACCGCAUCCGGGACCUGCAGGCCGAGAACCAGAGGCUCAAGAACGAAGUCGACUCCCUGAAGGACAAACUGGAGCAGCAAUAUGCCCAGAGCUACAAGCAGACCUCCAUGCUGGAGGACGACCUGGUGCAGACCCGCGGCAUCAAGGAACAGCUGCACAAAUACGUCAGGGAGCUGGAGCAGGCCAACGACGACCUGGAGAGGGCCAAGAGGGCCACCAUCGUGUCCCUGGAGGACUUUGAGCAGCGUCUGAACCAGGCCAUCGAGAGGAACGCCUUCCUGGAGAGCGAGCUGGACGAGAAGGAGUCGCUGCUGGUGUCUGUGCAGAGGCUCAAGGACGAAGCCAGAGACCUGAGGCAGGAGCUGGCCGUUCGGGAGAGGACGGUUGACCCCACGCGGAUGUCUGCGCCCAGCUCGCCGACGCUGGACAUCGAUAAGAUGGAUACAGCAGUGCAGGCGUCGCUCUCCCUGCCGGCCACUCCAGUCGGCAAGAACAUAGAGCACCCCUUCAUCACUCAGAAAGUGUUGACGAAUGGGAACUGUGGAAACUCUGCUCUGACCCCCUCUGCCAGAAUCUCCGCUCUUAACAUCGUUGGAGACCUCUUACGAAAAGUUGGGGCGUUGGAGUCCAAACUCGCCGCCUGUAGGAACUUUGCCAAGGACCAGACGGCGAGGAAAAACUACACGGGGAACGGAAACCUGAUCAACAGCAAUGCCACCAAGUUCUCACAUUCACUGCACACCACCUACUUCGACAAACCGACCAUGAACGGUUUGGACCACAGUUCCCUGACAGCCAUGGCCCCCCCACGGACGGUGUCGCCCCCCGGCAUGCUGCCCCUUAGCGUGUGAGAGACCCACUGUUGCCUGCCUGCCUGCCCACCCCCCAGCAGAUGAACAGGGCAUGGAGAGGACACUUAAAAGAGAGUGCAAAAGUGUGAUGGCCAAGACAAUAGAGA